GGGGCUGCGGGCGCGGCGCGGCGCGGGCGGCGGCCCCGGCACGUGGAUCCCGGCGCCACGGGCGGCAGCUCCAACACCGGCUCCGGUCCUGGUUGCAUCAUCGGCUCCGGUCCUGACUCCAACACCGGCUCCGGUCCUGGCUGCUGCAGGAGCUCCGGUCUCGACUCUGGCCCCGGUUCCGUCGCCGUCUCGGGUCCCGGCUCCGCUCCCGGUUCCAUCAUCGGCUCCGGUCUCGUCCCCUUCACCAGCGCAAGUGCUCCCGGCUCCGGCCCCGCUCCCGGUCCCACCCUCGGCCCCAGCCCUGCUGCGGUGACCAUCCCCGUCCCCCAGCCCCGCUCCCGUCCCCACUGCCAGCCCUGCUGCCGGCUCCAGCCCCCGCCCUGCCGCUGUGACCGUCCCUGUCCCUGUCCCCAUCCUCAUCCCCGUCCCCAUCCCCACUCCCGCCACCCCUCCCAGCCCGGUCCCCGCCGGGGCGUGAGGCUCAGUGGGCGGCUGGGUGCCGUCCGCCCCCCCGGCACCACCAUCGCGCCCAAGGGCGAGGAGGACCUGCUGGCGCUGGCCGCCUCCCGGCUGAGCCGCAGGAAGCGGGUGGCCGGGGCGGCCGUCGGCGUGGCCAUGGUGCUGGUGCUGCUGGUGGCCAUCCCGCUGCUGGUGCACAGCUCCAAGGCGGCCGCGCACUACGAGAUGCUGGGCAGCUGCCGCAUGGUUUGCGACCCCUACCCCGGCCCCGAGCUGCCCGCCGCCUCCCCGCCGCCCUUCCUGCCCGGCGCCAAGGGCGAGCCGGGGCGCAAGGGCCGCACCGGCGUGCGGGGUCCCCCUGGACCGCCGGGACCGCGGGGGCCGCCGGGUGAGCCAGGCCGGCCGGGGCCACCGGGGCCACCAGGUCCGGGUCCCGGGGGGUACAUCCCCUCCUUCUACAGCCCCAAGAUCGCCUUCUAUGCGGGGCUGCGGAAGCCCCACGAGGGCUAUGAGGUGCUGCGCUUCGACGACGUGGUCACCAACGUGGGCAACUACUACGAGCCCUCAAGUGGGAAGUUCACCUGCCCCCUGCCCGGCAUCUACUUCUUCACCUACCACGUCCUCAUGCGCGGCGGCGAUGGCACCAGCAUGUGGGCCGACCUCAUGAAGAACGGGCAGGUGCGGGCCAGCGCCAUCGCGCAGGACGCCGACCAGAACUACGACUACGCCAGCAACAGCGUCAUCCUGCACCUGGACGUGGGCGACGAGGUCUUCGUCAAGCUGGACGGCGGCAAAGUGCACGGCGGCAACACCAACAAGUACAGCACCUUCUCCGGCUUCAUCAUCUACCCCGACUGAGCCCCCCACCCCGGCACAGGGACAGGGAGGGUCCGGGCUCCUGCUGGUGUGACCGUCCCCCACAAGAGCUCUGGGAGUGAUGAGACACCCCUGAGGACACACGUGCCCCCCGCCCCUGCCACACGCUGCCCUAUGCACACACACCUCUUGGCUCCUCCACACCCCCAUCAGUGCCCCCCUCUCCCCGCAUGCCAGCACCCCCAAGGGCAUUGGGGUGUCCCAGUGCUGUCCCCAUCCACGGGCACCCCCAGUUCCCACGGCUGAUUGUUGGGUUCCGUGUUCCCCCCAAUAAAAAAC